CUAGGAAGGCUUUUCCUGAAGAUGUGUUUUGUUGUUGUUGCUGUUGUUAUUGUUGUUUAGAGAAGGUAGGAAGGUUUAGCGAAUGUUGCGAGGAAGCAGGAAAGGAUGCCGUUUUGGUUCCGGUUUCGUGCGGUUUCGUGCAUCCUCGUCCACGCGCGCUAACGCAACCCAUACGGUACGAGCGGGCUGGCAAACACGCGGGAAACAGGACCGAACAAGGGAGGAGGACGUCAAAACAAGUUCGAUUGCCUUCGGGUUCAGCUUGGAGUGUGUCCUUUAUUUUGCCUUCUUCUUCUUUUUUUUUUUGGCAUGUUUUUGUUUCGGUCGGUUUGGUUGGUGCGACGCACCCGAACCAGGAGCACCCGAAAACCAGACCGGGAAGACCGGGGCCCGAGUACUCGCGCGCGCCGUGCGAGAUGAGCCUGUGCCAGUGCCGAAACGUGCGCCCCCUAGUCAGUCAGUUGCCAGCCGGUUCAUUCAUCGGUGCGAGGUUCGCAACAACCGCCCAGCGCUUGUGCUUGUGAGCGUCCUGCCGUGUGUCCUGCCUCAGCAGCCGAGCGAUUCGAACGCUUUCUCGCGUCUCAGAAUCCUGGUGUACACCUCAGACGGCGUGCAGGCAUCGCACCGAAAGCGAAACAAAGAACUCUAGACGAGUGCGAGUGUGUGUUUGUGUAUCUAUGUGCGUGUGUGUGUGUGUGUGUGGGUGGAAUUAAAGUGAAAAAGGAUCUGUGCCAGUGUGAUCUGCCAGUUCUGCGAAGAUCAGAUCGAGAAGCGUGAAUGUUGGAAAGGGAUAACUUCUGAACUCCACAGAAUCGUCAGAUGUGAACUCCAAAACGAAGAACUUCAGGAAAAGGGCCAGAGUUUUGUGUGCCGUGUCGGCAAGAUCACCCCAGAGUAACAUUCCCAGUGUGCCCCAAACAGUGCCAGUGCUUGCCGAUCGUGGUAAAUCCUCAAAAAUGAUAGCCCGACAGUCUGGGAGGUACUCUCCCAGCCUGCAGCUGUGGUUGGCCCUGCUCGCCCUAGUGGUUGUCGCUCUAGCGCCGGCAGCGGCCCGUGCCGCCAGCCUGGACGCUUCGUACGAUCCCUGCUACGAUGAGGAUCGGCCCCGCCGCUGUCUGCCCGACUUUGUCAAUGCCGCGUUCGGGAUGCCGGUGGUAGCGUCCUCCACCUGUGGCCAGCGCGGCCUCGACCGGCUGUGCGACGUGCAGCAGCCGGUGCAGCGGCCCCGCUGCCUGCCCUGCGACGACGGGAACCCGCGCAAGCGCUACCCCCCGACCGCCCUGACCGACGUGAACAACUCGAACAACGUGACCUGCUGGCGCUCCGAGCCGCUCCGAUCACCCGCGUCCAUCAACGAUCCGCCCGACAACGUGACGCUGACGCUGUCGCUCGGCAAGAAGUACGAGCUGACGUACAUCAGCCUCACGUUCUGCCCGGGCACGGUCAAGCCGGACUCGAUCGCGAUCUACAAGAGCGCGGACCACGGCAAAUCCUGGCAGCCGUUCCAGUUCUACAGCAGCCAGUGCCGGCGGGUGUACGGCCGCCCGAACCGGGCCACCAUAACGCGCGCGAACGAGCAGGAGGCCCGGUGCACCGAUGCGCACCGGCACGGCCUGGCCGAGGCGCCGACCGUAUCGCGGAUCGCGUUCAGCACGCUCGAGGGCCGCCCCUCGGCCCCCGACUUCGACUCGUCGCCGGUGCUGCAGGACUGGGUGACGGCCACGGACGUGCGUAUCGUGUUCCACCGGCACCAGAUGCCGCCGGACGACACGUUCGAGGAUCCCUGGUAUCUGCUGCACAGCUCGGCCCAGGUGCCGGGCAGUGCCGCGUUCCGCCGGCAGCCCCGCGACCUGCCCGCCGACUUUGCAACCGACUGGCCGGAGCAGGCGGGCUCGACCACGCCCGACUACCAGUCGGAGGAGGCAGCGCCACCACCGCCACCAGCGGCCACCCGCUCACAAUCAAACGCAGCGGAGCAGCCGGCCUCCACGAUCAAACCGCCGGCCGAGGUGCUGGGCAACCACGGGCGGGCCAGGCAGCCGCCGCACCACCAUUACGCCGUGUCCGACUUCGCCGUCGGCGGCCGGUGCAAGUGCAACGGGCACGCGUUCCGCUGCGUCCCGGCCGGCCCGGACGGGGAGGUGAGCUGCGACUGCAAGCACAACACGGCCGGCCGGGACUGCGAGCGCUGCAAGCCGUUCCACUUCGAUCGGCCGUGGGGCCGGGCCAAUGCCCGCGACGCCAACGAAUGCAAAGCCUGCAACUGUAAUGGACACGCGCGCCGCUGCCGGUUCAACAUGGAGCUGUACAAGAUGUCCGGCCGGAUAUCCGGCGGCGUGUGUCUAAGCUGCCGGCAUGCGACCACCGGCCGCCACUGUCACUACUGCCGGGAGGGAUUCUACCGUGACGCCACCAAGCCGAUCACGCACCGGAAGGUUUGCAAAGCCUGCGACUGUCACCCGAUCGGCUCGUCCGGCAAAACAUGCAACCACACGACCGGCCAGUGCCCGUGCAAGGAUGGCGUUACGGGGCUGACCUGCAAUCGGUGUGCCCGCGGCUACCAGCAGAGCCGCUCGCACAUCGCACCGUGCAUCAAAAUUCCGAGAGUCAUCAACAUGGUCCAUUCGCAGAAUACGGCACCGGAAGAGAGCCACCAGUACGCGGUCAGCAGCGGCGGUGGUGGUCAGCACGAGCCGGAAGCACCCACCUACCGGAUGCAUGCCGGACGGGAGUGCGGAAAGUGCAAAAUCAGCACAAAGCGGCUAAACCUAAACAAGUUUUGCAAAAGAGAUUACGCAAUAAUGGCAAAAGUGAUCGGAAAGGACACGAAACCGAGCGACAGCGGAACCGGGAAAGGCAGCACCGGCAGCGGAAACCCCAGCCAACCGUACCAGCCACCGCCGCCCCGGUACCGAGGCACCCCACCCGAGGACGGCGCGGUCCGGUUCCAUCUAAGCGUGCAAAAGGUGUUCAAGCGCAGCCGCAGCCCCGCCAGCCCGCUGGCCAAGGCGUCGAAAUGGUCGGACGUACCGUACAUCGUCAGCGCCCACGAUCUGGACUGUCGCUGUCCCAAGCUGAAGGUGCAUAGGUCCUAUCUCAUCCUGGGCAACGAGUCCGAGGGACCGGCGGGAACGCUGGGCGUCGGACCGCGCACCAUACUGAUCGAGUGGCGCGAUGAGUGGCACCGGCGGCUGCGAAAGUUCCAGCGGCAAGCCGACCGGACCUGCCACUGAGCUCUGUACACCUGUACACCCUGCCGCAUACGUAUCAAAACUGCUCCUGAAGUAGUGGCGCAUUGUAACUUACUUAUAAGGCGAAACAUUUUGUUCUUUUGUGGCCGAGCAGAAGCAGACACCUUUCCUACGGACGCUGUUUAGAGUAGGUUUGGCUCCGAUUUUUCCACGCCGGUUUUGGACAUUCUGGCAAACACCUUCCAGCGAAUGUUAGUGUAUACAGCUUAAUAGUUUGCUCACUGUAGUACAGGCCUUCUCUGCUCAGAUUCGGCAUCAGCUCGGAGAUCUGCAUAAGCGGGAAUGCGCUCUACUACUAUUACUUAAUCCCUUAAUCAAGUAGUCUUUUGCCGUGGGAUGCAAGCAGCCAGGUACUUAUAAACUUGUGCAUUUUCCUACAAGGAGUAGCAUUACGCAGGUGUGAAGGACGCCAGGUCCCAAGCAAACAGUCUUGAUAAGGCGCUACCAAACAAGCUCAUCCAUCUACCAUUGCAUACUGAUCUAGAUGUCUUCUCAAUAGCCGUAGGAAUCAUCCAUGUUAGACAGUUUCUUGUAAAGAUUUCAUUCUGCCUCACAGCAUCGUUACAAGCAUCGAUCGUCGACUUGUACAGAAGCAUCAUGGUGUUAUCGUUCGAACUAACUACUUUAAUAACUGGGCGUAUCCAUAUUGGAGCGUCCUUGUUGCUAAAAUCCAAUCGCUGUAAUAUUUGGCUUGAAUAUUUGGAAGUUCCGGCUUCCAAUGCCGCAUUGGCCAUGACU